AAAUAGUCUAGGCGUAGUCUACAAGCAGGAAUUCGACUCUUAAAUAGCUUCAUAGAUAAGUGUGUAUAGAGUUUUUCUCAGCCGAAGCUUUUUAUUGUCUUUAGAUUUAUUUUGAUACUUAUUUUUAUUUAAUUGUAUGCAGGCUAAAACGUAGUCUUGCAUCACAGGGUGACGGUUGAACUUCAUUACUGAUAGCGAAGUAUCACCUGCACAUAGGGAUCCAAACACCUUCAAGCCUCAGACGCGUCAUGACAAGUCGUAUCUUAUCAUGAUUUCGCCUUUAUAGACUUACGGCAUACCUUUUAAACCAGGUCUUGAUUUUUGUCGGAUGUUUCGUCCUCUCAAAGUCUUCGACAUGUCGGCAGUAUGGCUGCUUCUGUCUUGCUUUCUUUUUAAAGAGGCUUUUGCGCUCUCGGGGAACUUUUGGCACAUCACGGAUCUCCACUGGGACCCAACGUACGAACUGAGCAACAACAAUCCUGCACUGGUGUGCGCAUCCAGUGGAAAACGACCUGCAGCCAAUGCUGGUAAAUUUGGACACUAUGUUUGUGACUCGCCAUGGCACCUGAUCAACUCUUCUGUUUAUGCAAUGAAGAGUAUUCUACCAAACCCGGACUUCAUCGUAUGGACUGGUGAUGACACUCCACAUGUUGAUAAUAAAGAUCUGGGAGAAGAGGCAGUGCUCAACAUUAUCAACAACCUCACUGACAUCAUAAAUCGAGUGUUUCCAAACACUAAAGUGUAUUCAGCCCUGGGGAACCAUGAUUACCACCCGAAGAGUCAGCUUCCUGCAGCCCCAAGCUCUAUGUAUGACCGAAUAGCAGAAAUGUGGCAAGGCUGGUUGGAUCCAAAGUCAAAAGAAACAUUUAAAAAAGGUGGAUACUACACAGAAAAGCUCAUGAAUCAGACUGGUUUCAGGAUGCUGGUCCUUAACACCAAUCUCUACUAUGAUCAGAACAAGCUGACCACGAACAUGGAUGACCCAGCGGACCAGUUUAGUUGGUCAGAUCAGAUUCUUACAGAGGCAACCAACAACAAAGAGAAGGUUUACAUCAUUGGCCACGUUCCUCCAGGUUUCUUCGAGAAGAAAAGAAGUAAACCAUGGUUUACACCAAAGUUCAACCGGCGAUAUUUGGAUUUAAUUAAGAAGCAUCAUUCUGUCAUAAAAGGCCAGUUCUUUGGCCAUCAUCACACUGAUAGCUUCCGUAUGUUCUACAACACAGAGGGUUCUCCCAUUAGUACCAUGUUCCUCAGCCCUGGUGUCACACCGUGGGAAACAACACUUCCUGGAGUUAAGGAUGGAGCGAACAAUCCUGGGAUUCGUGUCUUUGAAUAUGACACAGAAACACUGCUAGUCAAGGAUGUGGUGACCUAUUACCUGAACCUUACUCGUGCUAAUGUAGCCACAGGACGCUGGGAGAAAGAGUAUCGCCUCACAGAGAGUUUCAGAGUACCAGAUGCCUCUCCAGCCUCCAUGCACGAGGUUCUAAAGCGUGUAGCUGAUGACCCCCGCUACCUGCAGAAGUACUAUGAUUUCAACUCUGUGAACUAUGACCUGAGGGAUUGUGACAGCGACUGCCGCGUUGACCACGUGUGCGCAGCACGAGAGGUAGACUUUGACAGGUAUGAACACUGCCUCGUUAAGGAGGGGGCAGUUUUCAUCUAUGGUGGCCUCCUGCCACUCAUCUCCGUGGCUUUAAGUCUGGUUGUGGCCCGUGAGUAAUUAAUUCAAUACUAUUUUGAACUAUAACUAACUCUGAACUCAGUAUGGGUUUAUUGUUUCCCUAAACCAACAUAUAAGCUUUCUCUCUCAGAAUUUAUAAAUAUGCAAUAAUCUUUUGUUUCAAAAGUCUAUAAAAAUCAUGUCCACACGUGUAUCACUGACCUAUUCAGCAAUGCAAACUCCCCCUCUGACUUUCCGACUGGCUGUAUGACAUUCCACCUUAAAAACUGCACACUUUUAGCAGAGGAAUCUGAGCAUAGCUUUCUGGUGUCGACAUUUGUAAUGAAUUUCAUUCUUUAAAUUAGAAUUCAAGAGAGACAUCAAGUAGCAGGAAGUAUUUGUUUUAAAUGUCACUAUUUAACAUGUAGCACUAUAAUAAUGCAUUUUCAUACUUUCAGUUAUAUUACAUCUAUAAAUGAAUUGAGUCAUGCUCCAGUGUGUAAUUAAACUAUGGAAAAAUGCAACCUUUGUCUUC